CAGAAAUAAUAUCCAACAACUGCAGUGUGCUUAAUUCCUGUUUUGGAUCUGAUUUGUGUUUUUCGUCGAUUCCGUGGAUCAAUCCUUUGUUGAAUAUAUACAAUAGAAACAGUUUGCAAUUGUCAGACGGUAAGGACCUUUUCUUUUCUUCAACUAUUUGUGAAGUGGAUGCCUCGACAACAAAGUUUCUUUGCUACCACUACUCUAUGAAUAGACGUGGGAGCCACCAACAGCUGGGCAUGACACAGCAUGUACCGUUGGGUUGGCUAUAUCCUUUCCGUUAGCUAUCUACAUAAUUAAACUCCCGUCAGCUCCAACCCUCUCAAACUGUUCAUUUCUCUGAAAAUAUGGCUGGUUCAGAGGGGAGGCCAUUGGUUGAGGCAGUGGAACAGAAGGAAGAUUUCUACGAGGAGCAAGAGUCCAGUGGAUGUGCGUAUGGAUGCUUUCGGGGUUUUGGGUUGAGUUGGUGCAGGGGAGGCCGUGAAGAAGAGAAAAAUGGUGAUUCGUGGGUGAGUUGCAAGUUGAGGAAUAUUAAGGAGUUUACAGAAGUGAUUGCAGGUCCCAAGUGGAAAACAUUCAUUAGAAAGAUAAGCGGGUAUGGAAAGAAGCAGCAGAAGAACAGAUUUCAGUAUGACGAACACAGCUAUGCUCUCAACUUCAAUAGUGGGGCUCAGAGUGAAGAUGAUGACAUGCCUCCCUCUUUCUCAGCUAGAUUUACUGCUCCUUUCCCUUCUGCUCGUCGCCAAACCGAACAAUGAUUUCUUUCUCAACAUUUUAUUGCGUAACUUGUUAGUGUUUUAAAUCGCUACAUUCAUCAAUCAUUCAUUCUGUAAAGAUCAUUCUUUUUGUUCAAACUGUUUUGCAUUUCGUCUUUCCCUUCUGCUCUUGCUCAA